AUGCUACGUUAUCUGCAACUACUGCUAGCACUCGGCCGAGGGUCCGUCGGCCUGCCUGAUCAUAGGGCGAACGGUCAGAUUAAGCUCGUGGACACGCCUCGCGAUUCGUUCAACUACUCGUCACAAUCCGCGGCUUUCAUUCGAUACGCUUUCAGUGAGAUCUUCGUCCGUAUUAAACUGCGAUUAUUCAACGGAACAUUCACAAACACGAGCUGA